CUUGGGAAUAGGGUAGGUUUAAGCAUUGCUCGUUGGUCAAUUGCCAGUUCUUGAGUCCCGGGCGGGGGCGAGGGAGCGCCACCGAAACCGAAGACUGCGAAACAGCGUCGUCGCUCUUUCUUGCUCUUCAAUCUACCGUUCCCAGCUCUUCCCGAACCUUCAAAUUCGAUUCGCAAGAACACCUUCAUGUAAUCAUCGCCGAGUACUAUCUCCUCGGGAUCACGUCACCGGCGAUGGCCCUCCCUCUCGGGAAGCUCACCAUCCUCGUAGGCGCAGGUAUUGUUGGGUCUGUUCUCGCAAAAGAAGGUCGCAUGUCAAAUGUCUUUGACCUUUUCUCAGGUGCUUUCAAGAUUGUUUUCAAGCAAAUUCGAAGAGAUGAUUCUACUCCCUUAAGUUCCAAGCCACAAAAUGACUCUUUAUUGGCCCAGGUUAAUACUUUACGGCAAGAGCUGCAACUGUUGGCGUCAAAUGGAUCAGUUACAAUUGUAACUGCUGGUGGAACAGGUGCUAGCAGAUAUGGUAUAAUUGUUGUUGUUGUUGUAGCAGGAUAUGGUUAUAUUUGGUGGAAGGGUUGGAAACUUCCUGAGAUGAUGUUUGCAACAAGGCGUAGUUUAGCUGAUGCUUCUUCCAAGAUUGCUAGACAGCUUGAGACUGUUUACUCAUCAAUCUCGGCAGCUAAGCGGCAUUUAUCGUCGAGAAUUGAUCGUGUGGAUCAUAAUUUGGACGAGCGUGCAGAACUUGAUGCUGCUACAAGGGAGGAGGUUUCUGAAAUACGAGGGGAGAUGAAUACGAUUGGCGUGAAAUUCCAAUCUGUUCACCACGCAGUUCAAACUCUGGGAACUAAAAUUGGUGGAUUAGAAGGGAAACAGGAUCUCAGAAAUGAAGGAGUAAAGAGACUCUGUGAAUAUGCCUGGAGCUUGGAAAAUAGCAGAACCAUAGAGCGUAUUCAGGCAUCUCCAUCCACUACCCCUAGGGCAGCUCUUGAGCCACCACAAAUCACACCACUGUCUAGGACUGGAUCUCUGCCUUCGACUGUUUUGCCAUUGGAAUCAUCCCCUUCAUCGUCCAAUGGAUCUCACAAGGUAUAUCGACCCCUGCAAAAGUCUGCCUUUACCUCUGGACUGAAGGAGCUGCAGGGGAUUUCAGAAGUGGUUGAGACGCCAGGCAUUUCAGAGGUUUCAACCGAGAUUCUUGGUUCCGAUGAAAGAAACCGCGAGAAUUUGAGUUCUGGUAUUUUUGGAUGGAAGCGGCCUAGCAUUAGCAGUUUUCUUACAAGGACACGCAGUGCAACGAAUUCCUUCAAGUAGAUUGCAUUGCCCUUGCCCAGAAAUAAUCGGUUGGUCACAAUUGGACAUUUUAAUAUUAUGUCCUUGUAUAAUGACUCAUGUGAGGGUAGGAGGAAAACAGGAGGGGCAGGGAAAAUGCCUUUGGAAAUAGUUUUGGUUGUUCAGAGCCCCUCCCUCCCUCGGUUUAUAGGAAGUCACCAGCCAGUUGAAUACUUGGCUGGGGACUGGAUUUUGUAGAGCUUUUGUUAUUUAUGUUUUGAAAUUAAAUAGGAUAUUCUUGAUAUGUGGACUUGGUCGGAAGAAUUUUUGUCUAUGCAAGUAGAAGGAAAAUGGUGCAAGUGGAGGGAGACUGGGAGAGGGAUCAUUCCGCUUUGGUGUUAUGAUGGAUAUAGUUGCAUUUGCAACUGCUUGGUAAGUUACUAUGCAAGUGCAAGUGGUUAUUUUGGUCGUUUAUUGUAUCAUACUUAAAAACUAUAUUUUGUAUAUCACUACCAUCACAUUUGGUUCAGAGAGUAGAAUGAGUGGGAUGGAAUUGAAUGAAAAUUUGAUUGAAUUCGCUCCA